AUGUACGCCAUCAACACCAUCCUCGCUGUCCUCGCCCUCAGCGCUCCCAUCCUCGCUGCCCCCGUCGACAAGCGCGACGCCCAGCUCGCCCCUCCCCCAGCGUACAAGAUAAAGACGACCUCUAUCGCCGUGGCCUCCUCCACCGCGGACUCCUCCACCAUCGUCGAGGCCACUCCCCUCGCCGAGGCCUCCCCCACCUCCGACGAGGCCUCCGCCCCCACCACCGUCCCCGCCGCCGUCGAGGACCCGGCCACUUCCCUCACCACCGACGCCGCCUCCAUCGCCGACGCCGCGACCUCCACCGCCGUCGUCGCCCCGCUCUCCACCAGCUCCCUCCUCAAGCUCGUCCCGCCCCCGGCCAUGGGCGGCCCCUACCAUCUGAAGAGCCUGACGCAAACUUCCGUCUCCGUGUCGGCUCCCACUGAGGUCCCCACCAGCGCGCUUCCUUCCGCGACGACUGAAGCGACUAAGCUGCCGGCUAUGCCGACGACUGCGGUUCAGCAACAGCAGCAGCAGCAGCAGCAGCAGCCGACGACGCUGGCUACGGUGGCUGUGGCGAACUCGGCCGUGCCCGUCGCUGUUGUGGCGUCCAGCGCGGGUGCUUCGUCGUCGUCGUCGGCUGCCGCACCGCCCGCGCAGACGCAGACCGCGGGGUUGAGCAACGCGGUUGUGAACUUGGUCAACAGCUUGCCUGCUACGCUGCACAGUUUGUUGGGGUUGUAG